CGUCCCCCGACCUCCUCCUCCAUCGCCGGACGCAAUGGCAGCCGCGCCGUCGACGACGCCGCUGCUGAAGGACGAGCUGGACAUCGUGAUCCCGACGAUCCGCAACCUGGACUUCCUCGAGAUGUGGAGGCCCUUCCUCCAGCCGUACCACCUCAUCAUCGUGCAGGACGGCGACCCCAAGAAGACGAUCCGGGUCCCCGAGGGCUUCGACUACGAGCUCUACAACCGCGACGACAUCAACCGCAUCCUCGGGCCCAAGGCCUCCUGCAUCUCCUUCAAGGACUCCGCCUGCCGCUGCUUCGGCUACAUGGUCUCCAAGAAGAAGUACAUCUUCACCAUCGACGACGACUGCUUCGUUGCGAAGGAUCCAUCGGGAAAGGACAUCAAUGCACUUGAGCAGCAUAUCAAGAACCUUCUGAGCCCUUCCACUCCAUUUUUUUUCAACACUUUGUAUGACCCUUACCGUGAUGGUGCUGAUUUUGUCCGUGGGUACCCCUUCAGCCUUCGUGAGGGUGCCCCAACUGCUGUUUCUCAUGGCCUUUGGCUCAACAUUCCUGACUAUGAUGCCCCUACCCAGCUUGUCAAGCCCCUUGAGAGAAACUCUAGGUAUGUGGAUGCUGUUCUUACAAUUCCAAAGGGCACUUUGUUCCCGAUGUGUGGAAUGAACCUUGCUUUCGACCGUGAGCUCAUUGGUCCUGCGAUGUACUUCGGUCUUAUGGGUGAUGGCCAGCCUAUUGGUCGUUACGAUGAUAUGUGGGCAGGAUGGUGCACCAAGGUGAUCACAGAUCACUUGGGUCUGGGUGUGAAGACUGGCCUGCCCUACAUCUGGCACAGCAAAGCAAGCAACCCGUUUGUGAACCUUAAGAAGGAAUACAAUGGCAUCUUCUGGCAGGAGGAGCUGAUCCCCUUCUUCCAGUCUGCAGCCCUCCCAAAGGAGGCCACCACUGUCCAGAAGUGUUACCUUGAGCUGGCCAAGCAAGUGAGGGCGAAGCUCGGCAAGGUAGACGGCUACUUCAACAAGCUCGCCGACUCCAUGGUCACAUGGAUUGAGGCCUGGGAUGAGCUGAACCCGCCGAAGGGCGCCGUUGCCACCACAAAUGGCCCUGCCAAGAGCAAGUGAGAUGUGGUAGUAUAAACCUUGUUUGUUCAUGUGAACUACAUCAUAUACUGAAAUACUGAAUACUGAAUACUGUUGGUUUUGUUAGUGCUGAUGCAGCUGAGAUCACUUCGUUGUAACCUUAAAUUUGUCACCUCCCUGCACAACCGUCCUGGCUGUUCUAGGGUGUUUACAAUUUUGUGUUUGUGUGUGUGAUGGAAGAAUUGUAAUGUCAGAACCGAAUCACCUUCAAAUUAGAAUAAAGUUAUUGGUUAUGUU